AUGACUACCAACACCUGGGUACCACAACCUGAUGGAUUAUCUCAACUUAUCACCUGUUUGCGUAACUCUGAAUCGGCUGAUAGUCAAAUUCAAAAAACUGUCACUAAACAAUUGGAUUCAUUUAAUGAGAUUCCCGAUUAUAAUUCAUAUCUAGCUUAUAUUCUUUGUCAAUUACCAGAUGAACAUCCUAGACCUAGAUCGGUUGCAGGUCUGAUCUUAAAAAACAACCUUCGAAGAAUACCUUAUAAAUAUGUCAAAUCGGUCAUCUUAACUUCAAACCUCCUUUCAGAUCCAGUUCCAAUGCUUAGGGGUACAGCUGGUACAGUCAUCUCAACUAUCGUCAUGCAAUUCGGUCCUGAAGCUUGGCCUCAAGCUAUUCAAUCUCUCAUCGAACUUACUGAAGCAGAUGAACCACUUGGAAAGGAUGGUGCAUUCUCAACACUUUCCAAGAUUUGUGAAGAUGUACCUAGGAAAUUAGAAAAAAUGCAAAUCAAUGGCAUUCGGGUCCUUGAUAUCAUGGUUCCUCGAUUCAUUAAUCAUCUCAAGACUUCAACAGAUUCAAAGAUUCGUGCUUAUGCUUUGAUUUGUCUUAAUCCGUUUAUUCAAACUGGUGGUGAUGGUAGUCUUACCGAUAAUCUGACAUCUUAUGUCGAAGCUCUGUUUCUUUGCGCAAGUGAUACCUCACCUGACGUACGGAAAAACGUUUGUUCAGCCUUAGUAGCCUUAUUAAGUUCGAAUCCUGAUAUCUUGAUUCCUAACUUAUCACAAACGGUGGAUUUUAUGCUUUAUUCAACUCAAGAAACCGAUGAAGGAGUAGCACUUGAAGCUUGUGAAUUUUGGUUAGCAUUCGGUGAAGAUAUUCGACUGAGGGGUCAUUUACUCAAUUAUCUGGAAAAGGUCGUACCUGUCUUACUGAAGGGUAUGAUUUAUUCGGAAACGGACCUUUUGAUGCUCGAUAAUGAUGAUGAAGAUGAAGCUGUACCUGAUCGUGAACAAGAUAUCAAACCUCAUGUCUAUCGUGGCGGCAAGGAUCAUCCUCAAGGUCGUACUGGCGAAGAGACAGAGGGUAGUGAAGAUGAAGAGAGCGAUGUGGAUGAUGAUGAUCUUACUGGGGAUUGGAAUUUGAGAAAGUGUAGUGCGGCUGCAUUGGAUGUGAUUGCAGUGAAUUUCGAAAACAAAUUACUCGAUUUCCUUUUACCGUUAUUACAACAGUAUCUCUUUCAACCUCAGUGGGAACAUAAGGAAGCUGCAAUCUUGGCUCUGGGUGCUAUUGCUGAAGGCUGUGUGGUCGGUAUGGAACCCCAUCUGGCUACACUGGUCCCACUUCUUUUGACAUGUUUGAAAGACCGAAAGGCACUGGUAAGGUCGAUCACGUGUUGGACUCUGGGUCGUUAUGCAAGCUGGAUUAUUUCACCUGGAGCCACUGCGGAACACAAGCAAACUUUGCUACAUUCUGUUCUCGAUGGUAACAAACGUGUCCAGGAAGCUGGAUGUAGUGCUUUUGCUACUCUGGAAGAAGAAGCAGGAGACGAACUAGAACCUUACUUACAUCCGAUCCUAACCAGCUUAGUGAUGGCCUUUCGAAAAUAUCAACAAAAGAAUCUGUUAAUCUUAUAUGACGCACUGGGCACAUUGGCCGAUUCAGUUGGGAAUGCACUUGCAACACCUGAAUUACUUCAAAUCUUAAUGCCACCCUUGAUUGAAAGAUGGGAGAAAUUAUCAGAUGAUGAUCAAGAUUUAAUUCCAUUAUUAGAAUGUCUUUCAUCGAUUGUGAUUGCGAUCGGACCAGCAUUCUUACCAUAUGCUCCUACGGUAUUUUAUAGAUGUGUAAGGAUAGUGACGAGUAAUCUAGAAGGAUUUGCACUUUAUAUGAAGAACCCACAUGAAUAUGAAUUACCGGAUAAGACUUUCUUGAUUUGGAUUGACUCAAGGACUUGGAUCAUUAGCUAUACCAAUACGAGUAUCGAACUGAUCAAUUUCCCUACACCUACCACUCAACAAUCACUUCCACCUAUCCUUUCCUUACUGGGAACUUGUCUUAACAUUGACUUUCCUGAACCUUCUGUACGACAAUCGGCAUUUGCUUUGGUAGGAGAUUGUGCGAUCUCAUGUUUUCAUUUACUUGAAUCUUAUUUACCUACGGUGAUGCCUGAGAUCAUUCGUCAGAUUGAUUAUGAAACCCCAUUGAAUUUAACAAGUGUUUGUAAUAAUGCUGCAUGGGCUGCAGGUGAAGUGGCCAUUAAAGCAGGUGAAAGGAUGAGAGAGUAUAUCGAACCACUUUUGACUCGAUUGGUACCUGUGCUUACUUCUGCUAGAGUGGCUCGUAGUUUAACUGAAAACUCAGCUGUGACGAUCGGAAGACUUGCUUUGGCUUGUCCUCAAUUAGUGGCACCUCAUCUUGAUAAAUUUAUUAGACAAUGGUGUCAAACUUUAGCAGAAAUUAAAGAUAAUGAUGAAAAAGAUUCUGCGUUUCGUGGAAUGUGUUUAGCCAUUGAAUUAAAUCCGAAUGGAUUAACUGAAUCAUUUGGGUUUUGGUUAAAUGCUGUGGGUAGAUGGAGUCGACCAUCGGCAGAUUUAAAUAUGAAAUUCAAAUCGCUUUUACAUGCUUUUAAAAGUGUGAUUGGAGAACCAGGUUGGAGUCAAACUAUUAAUAGUCUUUCACCACAAACUGGUCAAAGAUUACAAGUUUUAUAUCAAGUUUGA